AUGGAGACUGACCGAUAUAAGAGGCCUACAAUAAAGGAUAUCGUGAGUCAAUUGGAUGAGAUGGGAAAUUUGGAAAUUGACUCAAAGCUGCCGAUGGAAAAGGGGCUCUUGAGGACUAAGCAGCAGAAAUCUAGCAAUAAUAUGCACAAUGAUCCUCCGUCGGAGAUCUGCCAUCCUGCCCACCCGGAGCACAAGCUGAAGCUGAUGGACGACGGUGCGCCGUUCAUGUGCAACGGCUGCAAGGAGCCCGGUUACGGGCCCAGCAUGUACUCGUCUGGAAGCUUCUAUGGGGAGGAUGAUGCAGGUCCAAUGGGUAGUGCGGUUGCUCAGCAGGUUCAAUUGAACCCAGGCAGGAAGGGUGGCAUGAGGACUGGAUGGAAGAGGAUGACCUCCUCGAUGAAGAACAGGAUCUUCGCGACAGCUGCAGCGAGUAAUCACGGGAUGAUGCAGGGUGACCAGGGGCGGGUUAAUCCGGGCAAGGAAGCUGUUGGUGACCGCCUAGAAGCCAGCCGAGGUCCAGUUCAGCAGGGUAAUUGGAACCAGGGCCAAGGGGGCGGUUCUAAGAUCAGCAAGGAGGGCCACGGACCGCGUGCCUACUAUCUCCCAUAG